AUGAAUUCCCAAAGAGCAGCAGUCAGCGGAGGGUCCGGAACAACUCCAACAGCAGCAAACAACGUUGGUGGUGAUUCUGGAAGUCCACGUCGGGGCUCUCAAUCAGGAACUCUCUUCUCGGGUCUGAUAAACCAGAAGAGAAAUAGCACCGAUGCAUCAGCAGCAGCUCGCAGAGCAAGCUUUGCUGAACAGAAGCCCGCCGCUGGUGUCCUUGGUAAGAUGUGGAAUAACUUCACUACUGGAGGAGCCAAGUAA